UAGGGACCGUCCCUCCAUAAGAGGGACAUUUGGGAGCUAUGUCUACAUAACCUCUUCUCUGUAUAUAAAGGCUUGAACUCCACUUCCUCCCUGUGACACACAAGCUUGAGUUCCAGCGGCAGGAAGUGACGAUGGUUGGGAGGACUGGGUGCAGAGGGGGUGGCUACUACAGGUCACUCUCCUCCCCACAUCAGACCUUUGAGCAGCAAGUCAGAAACGAAACUCAGCAAGCCCAUGAAAGCGAAACUAGUCUACAUUGUGGGCAGACUGGGAGAUUUGCAUACUCAGACAGCUGAAGGCUUCCAGGAACUUUCUAGGUGCAGCUGCCACGGUGGCUUCAUAUACUGGAGGAAAAGAACGACGAAGCGUUGGACAUGAAAUGGUUUUGAAGAAGAGAAAAUUGUCUUACUAUAGCAGAUAACCAAACCGAAAACCUAGUGCCAUGGACUCUACGGGGGAAAGUCAUACCGAAGUUUCACAGCAGGAUUGUGAGACCACCAAGAGUGAUGCAGUAGUUAACCCAACAAGAGCGGAGAAUGAAGUCAAGGAGCCAAUACCAGAUGAAUCCAAGUUAUCAAUCUCCGAUAUCAGAAGUCAACUUUGCCACAUGCAGAUGGUGUCAUGGCGGACAGUCAGUAACAUUCACAGCAAUAUUAACACUAUGCAAAAGAACCAAGCACUACACCAGUUAAAUCUCAGUAAAAACUACAAUGACUGUCAUCGUUUACUGAAAAUAGAGGAAGAGAUGCAGUUGGCCACAUUUAAGAAACAAGAAGACCUAGCCAUGCAAAGGUUGGAGGAGAAAACCUUAAACCUGGUGCACCUCAUGGAGAAACUCCAAAAGGCAAGAACUGUGGACCAGCUAGAAGUCAUUGAAGACACGUUGAAGACGCUGGAAAACCCUGAGGAGGAACUGGACAUAGGUGAGCCUCCCGUGCGGCUCAGAAUAUGGAAUGAGAUGAUACAUAUGGUGAAACCAAUACCAGAACAGAUAAAGUUUGAUCCUCAAAGUGCUCAUCCGAAUCUUGUCUUAUCCCCAGAUCUCAAGAAAGUGAGAUUUGAGCCAAAUCCUCAAACAUUAAAAGGGUCUCCACAAUGUUUUGAACCAGGGUUAUAUGUUUUAGGGACACCAGGAUUUAAGUCUGGUCGGCACUACUGGGAAGUAAAUGUGGGCGAUAAAAGUAGUUGGAUCAUAGGCGUCGUAAAGGAGUCGGUGGAACGCAAGGGUGCAUGGGAGCUGAAUUCAUCCAAUGGCUAUUGGGUUCUACGUAAACAAGACGACAAUGUGUAUUAUGGCCUCGGAAACACUUGUGAGAUGUUAACAUAUGACUUUCCUCCUAUGAGGAUUGGGAUUUGCUUGGAUUUAUUUAAAAGUCACCUGAUCUUUUAUGAUGCCAGCACUACAGACAUCCUUCAUCAAUUGUCUCUGUGUUUUGCUAAGGAGACCCUGUUUCCCUUUUUUUGUCCUGGAGUUCCUGUAAGAGAAGACGACUGGUGCCCACUAACUAUAUGUGCCUAAGAUAAAUAACAUUAAGUGUGGAUUCUUAGGGGUAUUCCAGGAAA